AUGUCUCCGCCACCAUUGAAGCCCGUCAACCGAAACCCUAACAAGGGCAAGGACGAACCAUUCAUUCUCCCUCCAAACGUCACAUCGGCCCAAUUCUCAAAAUUCCUCAAACGCUGUCGUGAAAUAUGCGGCGUCGAGAAUGUCAAGGUCAUUGAGGCCGAAGAGCAAUUGGUUGACGGCUCAUACUAUGAGCCCAACAAGACGCAUGAUAUGCAUCACCUUGUUGAUAGGAACUAUUUCGUAUGCUCUGCUACCAUAUCGCCACGGGAGGUACCCGAAGUUCAGGAUAUGAUGCGUCUGUGUAAUGAAUUUGAAGUUCCCGUGUGGCCGGUAUCUAUCGGUCGAAAUACGGGUUAUGGUGGCGCGGCGCCACGAGUGCCUGGUAGUAUUGUUCUUGAGUUGGGGAAACACAUGAACCGUGUUUUGGAGGUUAAUGCCGAGGAUGCGUAUGCUUUGGUUGAGCCUGGUGUUACUUUUUUUGCGUUGCAUGAAUACCUCGAGAAGAAUAAUCUCAAGGAUAAGGUUUGGAUUGAUGUGCCUGACCUCGGAGGUGGAUCUGUUCUGGGUAAUACUAUCGAGCGCGGAGUGGGUUAUACGCCGUAUGGAGAUCACUGGAUGAUGCACUGCGGCAUGGAGGUGGUUCUACCAACAGGUGAACUAAUCCGAACAGGCAUGGGUGCCAUGCCCAACUCACGCGAUGAUGUCAACGGAAUCAGACCAGAUGAACAGAAGCCGAACCGAGCGUGGCAACUGUUUAACUACGGCUUUGGACCCUACAACGAUGGCAUCUUCUCACAGAGUAGCUUAGGUAUUGUGGUGAAGAUGGGAAUUUGGUUGAUGCCUAACCCCGGUGGUUAUCAAGCCUACAUGAUUACAAUCCCCACGGAUAAGGAUCUCAAGACGGCCGUGGAUAUUAUCCGUCCUUUACGCACACAAAUGAUCCUCCAAAAUGUCCCAACAUUACGAUCCAUUCUCAUGGACGCCGCAGUUGCACAUCCCAGGUCCCAUUUCCUAAAAGAAGACCGGCCAUUUACCAACGCAGAGCUAGAUCAGAUCUGCAAAGACCUCGACCUCGGUCGAUGGAACUUUUACGGCGCCUUAUACGGACCGCAGCCAGUGCGAGAUGUCCUCUGGAGCACCAUCAAACAAGCCUUUUCAGUUAUUCCAGGUGCCAAGUUCUAUUUUCCAGAAGAUCGGAAUGAGCCAUUUUCGGUGCUAAAGACGCGGUCAUUGACAUUGCAGGGUGUCCCCACGUUUGAUGAGCUUAGAUGGGUGGAUUGGUUACCCAAUGGCUCACAUCUAUUCUUUUCUCCUAUUGCCAAAGUCUCUGGAGAUGAUGCCAUGCUACAGUAUUCCGUGACUCUGAAACGGUGCCUUGAAGCCGGUGUUGACUUUAUCGGUGACUUUGUCAUUGGUAUGAGGGAAAUGCACCAUAUUGUAUGCAUCACAUUUAACAAGAAAGAUCCCGAAUCCAAGCGGAGAGCACACUGGCUCAUCGAGACCCUAAUCAAGGACUGCGCCGAGUACGGCUGGGGAGAGUACCGUACUCAUCUUGCUGUUAUGGACCAAGUUGCAUUGACGUACGACUUCAAUGACAAUGCACAGAUGAAGCUCAAUGAGCAGAUCAAGGACGCUCUCGACCCGAAGGGUAUUCUCGCUCCAGGCAAGAAUGGCGUGUGGCCUAAGAAUUAUAAUAAGGAGGAGUGGAGGAUUCCUAAGAGCGUCACUCUGGAUAAGACUCAGCAUACAUUGUCCAAGAAGCGGUCUGGAUGGCGUACGCCUGAGAAGUUAUGA